UAUAUAUAUAUAUAUAAAUAUAUAAAUAUAUGAUCGUGCGCACAUAUACGUGUUGCUCUCGAAGAGGCAUCGUCGAGCUGAUGCGCUGCAUUUUACGGAGCGUGCCGUUCCGGAGCCAAAGGAAAGCUAAUGCAAAAGAGGAGAGGAAACGAAACGAACAAUCUUCUAGCGGGAAAGCGAGAGAGGAAGAGCGGGAGAGAGAGAGAGAGGGAGGGGGGGGAGAGAGAGAGAGAGAGAGAGAGAGAGAACAGAGAAAACUGCGAUAGGGUAGUGGUUGAUGAAGUGGAACGCGUUUGAAAGAGCGAAGGAAGAUGGGAAGUAGGGGAAGAAGAUGAAGGAGAAAAUGAAAGAUAAAAAUAAAUUAAUUAGACGCGUGUUCUCGCCGCGCGCGGUCGGGCUGGCCCGAUUACCUCGCCGGUGUGUCGAUCUCUCUAAUCGAAGUAUAAUACGAUACGAGGUGUCUCUUUUUCAUAAGUGUAAAACUUUAUCAUAUACGUAACGCGUUUAUCUUGUAAGCGGUUGCUGCCCGCGUCUCUCGUCGACGGCUUUAUCCCCGGUUAUCAUCGUCAAUAAAAUGUAUAUCACUGUACGAGCGUUGGCAAAAAAAAACAAAAUAAAAUAAAAUAAAAAAUUGUAUACGCGAGUUAUAGCGAAGCGGUGCAGUAAUUAGUCGAAUCGCCGAAUGUUAAUGAUCACGUGUUUGUCGAAAAGAAGAAGCCUCGCGAUCGGGCUACCUGCGCAAAGAAUCAGUCCGUUUUCUCACUUACUUCCAGAGACCGGUCAUCUCGCAAUGAUUUCGCGCGCUACUCGUGAUUCAUUAAAAAUCGCGUUAUAGAACAGAAAAAAGCAGAAAGAGAAAAGAUACGGCACCGAGAGUGCCACGGAAGAACACUCUGUUGUCGCUGGGGCUUAAGUUUUCUCUCUUAAUUGCUGCUACUGAUUUCUCACCGAAAUUAGAUGAAACUUUUACCGAUCGAUAAUAAUCGAUCGAUAAUAGAUGAGAAAAAUUUCAUUGUAAACUUUAUCGUAGAAGCAAAUAUUGAUCGAGCAGCGAGUCGUCGGGUUAAUUGAGCGUUGUGAUUGCGCGACGAUCGUCACGAACGGUGACGAGUCUUUGAAAUGAGCAAGGUGGACGUGACAGAUCGUGAGGCAAAACGUAAAAGCAUAAAAAAAAUAAACGAGGUAAUGUUAUCGCUAAAAACCAAAAAAACUAUUCUCCUAGAUGCGCGUAUACAGUACGCCGUAGCAUGACUUUUCGUCGCAUUUGAACGACAAUUAUUACAAAUUAAAGGAAGAACGAGCAUUAUAUGAGUAGCAGCUAACAUUAAAAAUAGAAUUCUCUUUGGCGUUAUUAUGUAAUAAACACUCGAGUAGCCUCCAUUCUCGUGUUGUCGAAGAACAAAAGAGAAGCAUGUAAUAUCCGUUAAACAAAUAAAAAGAAGCAUGCGACCAUCUUGGAACAUUCUCUUAUAGCGAAUUUAUCAUUACAAUAAUAUAUUAAUACUAUUGACAUAUUGUUGAGAAAAAGAAUCUACAUGUAAAUAAACAUAAAGAGCAUUUUUAUAAAUAAUCGUCGUCCUUGUUAAUUGAAUCCUCCCCCUCCCGCCCCGAUUGACCGUUACCGCCACCGCCACCUCUUUUCUCCAAGAGGUACUCGUUUCUUCGCGACGUUAAUAACCUAACCUAACCUAACCUAACCAAACCUCUAGCCCGAUACCUGCGAAACUGCCGAUGAUGAAGUAUCAUAUGAAUUUUCCACUUUGAUAUUCAUCGAAUAUCGAUACUUUAUCGGGAUAUGCAUCGGGAUAUUCCUUAGGCAUCGUACACAUUUUCCAUGAGAUUUCGCUCUCUCGUAAAGUAUAAAGCAACGACUGCAAAAAAAAAAUACCGCGUAUCAAAAGUAACGAUAUCGUAUCGGAAUUACGGUAACUUCAACACGUUCUAAUUCAAUCAAAAAGAUACGCAAUCAGUGUCGUUAUCAGUCGCUCGUUACCUCUUCAACAGUUAAUAUCGCCAUCUCGUGACUCGUGCGCUUGUAAUUGCAAGCGAAUAAACAACGAGCUAUCUUAUCAGCGCUCGAAAAUGCGAUUUCACUCACCGCCUGUUGCAUAGUUGUCGCCGCGUCGCUCUCCGUGUCGAAUUUGUUGCCGGCUCGUAACACACGUCGAAGCUUUCGCAACGAUGCCCCGGUUAUCAUACACAUACAGGGGUCUUAUUGCCCCAGUAUUUACUCCCUUUAAUAAAGACAGGUCUCUCAAUUUAAAUGUUAUACCUCAAUAUGGGAAAUAUUUGGCAGAGAAGGGAGUCAAAGGUUUACUUGUCAAUGGUACAAGUGGUGAAGGAAUGUUAAUGUCUGUUAGCGAAAGAAAACUUGUCGCUGAAGCCUGGGCAAAAGCAGUGAAAGAAACAAAACAACACUUAAUGAUUCAAGUAGGAGGUGCUCCUCUCCCUGAUGUCAUUGAACUUGCAAAACAUGCGGAAAGUCUACAUGUAGAUGCCAUCCUUUGCUUGCCGGAGUUAUAUUUCAAGCCUACUACUUCUGAACAAUUGAUUGAAUAUUUGGAUAUAAUUGGGCAAGCAGCACCAAGCACACCUUUACUUUAUUAUCAUAUUCCCAUGUUUACGAACGUUAAUAUACACAUGGGGCAAUUCCUUAAAUCGAUUGGUGAUGAAAUACCGACGUUUGUGGGCAUAAAAUUCACUAGUGCAAAUUUAGAUGAAGGUGCACAGGCGCUACAUGCUGAUGAUAAAAAAUAUGCCAUCUUCCUUGGUAAUGACCAGAUAAUGAACGCCGCAUGUGCAAUGGGAAUGGAUUCUUUCAUAGCUACCAGCAUAAACAUAUUUCCAGAACUUAUAAUAGAUCUUGUUGCCGCGGGCAAGAAUGACGAUUCUUUGACAGCUAGAGAGAUGCAAGAGAAACUUACAAACUCUGUGAUUGCUAUAUCUAAACAUGGUUCUUGGGUGGAUACUAUGAAAACAGCAAUGGCUCUUCUUACUGACAUUAAUGUCGGCCCACCUCGUGAACCGCUUAAACAUCUUUCUUUCGAUAUUUUAAAAAAUAUGAAGACAGAUUUAAUAAAACUAGAAUAUAAACUUACACUUAAGCACAACUGAGAAUAUUAACAGCUUUCCAAGUCAUAUUUGUAUGGCUUACGUCGCUAUCUAGGUGUUUUUUG